AUGAAUAUAAAUAUAUAUCAUAAUCAUAUAUAUUUGAAUUACAUACACACAUUCAAAAUACAUUGUUUACAACACUCACUCACACACACACACACACACACAAACCACUUGAACAAAUACAUAUGAUCUGAGAUACAAUAUACAAUUACAAUAAUUAAUCAUGAUGAAAACGAAAGAAAACUAAAGGUUCAAUAAAUCUCGAUAUUCAAUGCCAACCACCCCUUGGUAAAGCGCAGCAACAAAAACACCACAAGGAGUCAUAUUGAUCAUUUUGUCAUUUUGUCAUUAUGAUCUCCGUUCUUACGUGUCAUCAUCAUCAUCAUCAUCAUUUGUUUUUGUUUUCUAUAUGUAUUUGAAUGCUUUUGUUUAAUUGUUGGUACAAAUAAAAUCUAAAUUAUCAAAAUCAACCUAUAGAAAAUGAAUGGUCAUUCGAGAAAAAUUGCUUUGAUUACUGGUAUUUCUGGCCAGGAUGGUUCAUAUUUGGCUGAAUUUCUAAUCGAAAAAGGUUAUGAAGUACAUGGUAUUAUUCGACGAUCAAGUUCAUUCAACACUGGUCGUAUUCAGCAUCUUUAUAAAGAUCAAUCGACACAUCAGGAGGGAUCAAUGAAAUUACAUUAUGGUGAUAUGACUGAUAGUACCUGCUUGGUUCGUUUGAUACAUGAAAUUAAACCGGAUGAAAUAUAUAAUCUAGCCGCACAAAGUCAUGUAAAAGUAUCGUUCGAUCUAAGUGAAUAUACUGCCAAUGUUGAUGCGCUUGGAGCAUUACGAUUAUUGGAUGCCAUUCGAACGGCAAAUAUAACCGAUACAAAUGGAAAAUUAAAAAUGAAAUUCUAUCAAGCCAGUACUUCAGAAUUGUAUGGCAAAGUACAAGAAGUGCCUCAACGUGAAACAACACCAUUCUAUCCACGAUCACCAUACGGUGUGGCAAAAUCAUUCGCUUAUUGGAUUGUUGUCAAUUAUCGUGAAGCUUAUGAAAUGUUUGCCGUCAAUGGUAUACUAUUCAAUCAUGAAUCACCUCGACGCGGUGAAACAUUUGUCACUCGUAAAAUUACACGUGGUGUUGCGAAAAUUCUCCUAAACCGGCAAGAAUAUAUUGAAUUGGGUAAUCUGGAUUCAAAACGAGAUUGGGGCCACGCACGUGAUUAUGUGGAAGCAAUGUGGCUAAUGUUACAACAGGAAAAUCCAGAAGAUUUUGUUAUCGCAACUGGUGAAGCACAUUCAGUUCGUGAAUUUGUCGAAUCUGCUUUCAAACAUAUCGAUAGAGAAAUUAUCUGGGAAGGUAUUGGUCUGAAUGAAGUCGGAAAAGAAAAACAAACUGGCAUCAUUCGUGUAAAAGUGAAUGCACGUUAUUUCCGUCCAGCGGAAGUUGAUUUCCUAUUGGGUGAUGCUUCGAAAGCAAAAAGAAAACUAAAUUGGAAACCGAAAACUUCGUUUCAAGAACUUGUCAAAGAAAUGAUUGAUGCUGAUAUUGAGCUUAUGAAACGAAAUCCUUAUGCCUAAAUGAACGAAAAAACCUGCAAUGAAGAAAAAUCUGAAAA